AUGCAUAUACAAGCGGCACAUGUGCCUAUCAUACAAACAAUAUACAAGGUCCUAGCAUAUCCAUUCUCCUCUUCACCGUUCUUUCUUCCUUCGUCUCCCAACUCGCCUACCCAACAGAGAUCAAAUAAACCAAGAACAACGCUCCAAGGGCACAGUAGUUCACCAAGCCCUCGCCAUACGUCGCCGCCAAAAAGAUCGUCAGCGCAAUCGUCAGUUUCGCGAUGCGCCGGAGGAAGGAGGGGCCUUCGCGGGGGCCUUCGUAGGCAACCUGGUAAUAGCACAAGGGAAACUAUCAGGAAAGCCAUGAAGGACAUCGAAAAAUGGACACACCCAGUUCGCCCCCCGCCUUUCGAACGUUAUCAUUCUGUUGUCGCCCUUGAAAAGGCUGGGGGGUUUACAGAAGCGUAUUGUUCAGUGCAGGCUCGCGGUGCCACGAUGCUGGAUGGAUGUCGGUGA